GCUUAAUACCAUCACAUGAUCUGCCCCCGGGGCGCCCUGUAUUUAAUUAAAAUAAGGAGUGGGGCAGGGCCGAGGCCAGAAGAGCAUUGUUGUUCUUAGCGGAUGGAGCCAGAGGAGUUCAGUUAAACCCUGAUUGCCUGAGUCGGUGAGAAGUCAGCAUGGAACGUCUCUACUGCUUCCUGGGAUUUCUGCUUCUGGCUGCAAGAUUGCCGCUUGACACCGCCAAACGAUUUCAUGAUGUGCUGAGCAAUGAAAGAACUUCUGAUUAUAUGAGAGAGCACAACCAACUAGCUGGAUGGUCUUCAGAUGAAAACGAAUGGAAUGAAAAACUGUAUCCAGUGUGGAAGAAGGAAGACCCAAGGUGGAAAAACUCCUGGAAAGGAGGCCAUGUGCAGGCGAUUCUGACCAGUGAUUCACCAGCACUUGUGGGUUCCACUAUCACGUUUGUGGUAGACCUGGUAUUCCCCAGGUGCCAAAAGGAAGAUGUCAGUGGCAACAUAGUCUAUGAGAAGAACUGCAGAAACGAUACUGGUCCAUCUCCUGACCUGUAUGUUUACAACUGGAGUGAGGAAGGUGGCUGGGGAAACGGCCCCAACGAACACCAUCACCAUGUGUUUCCUGACGGAAGGCCUUUCCCUCACCACCCUGAAUGGAAGAGAUGGAAUUUUGUCUACGUCUUUCACACACUUGGUCAGUAUUUGCAGAAAUUAGGACGGGGUUCAGCAAGAGUUUCUAUAAACACAGCCAAUGUGACACUUGGCCCUCAACUCAUGGAAGUAAUUGUUUAUAGAAGACACCGGCAUGUGUACAUCCCCGUCGCAAAAGUAAAAGACGUGUAUGUGGUAACAGAUCACAUUCCUGUAUUUGUGACUAUGCAUCAGAAGAAUGACCGAAAUUUAUCUGAUGAAACCUUCCUCAGGGACCUCCCCAUUAUGUUCAGUGUCCUGAUUCACGACCCUAGCCACUUUCUCAAUGAGUCGGCCAUCUACUACAAGUGGAACUUCGGGGAUAAUACUGGUCUGUUUGUUUCCAACAACCCAACUUUGAAUCACACAUAUGUGCUCAAUGGAACCUUCAGCCUUAACCUCACUGUGCAAGCUGCAGUGCCUGGACCUUGUCCUUCACCUUCACCCAAACCUCCAGAACCCACCUCUCCUUUAUCAACCUAUCUGAAAUCUCAUCGUUCUAACUCUCCAGCACCAGCUGGUGACAACGCCCUGGAGCUGAGGGCGACUCCUGACGAAGCCUGCCAUAUUAACAGAUACGGUUACUUUAAAGCCACCAUCACGAUUGUAGACGGAAUACUGGAGGUCAGCAUCAUCCAGAUGAUGGACGUUCUGAGGCCCGAGCCACAGCCCGACCGCUCGCUGAUGGAUUUUGUCGUGACCUGCCAAGGGAUCAUGCCCACAGAGGUCUGUACCAUAGUUUCUGACCCUACCUGCCAGAUCACCUACCACACGGUCUGCGACCCUGUGGAUGUGGACACAGGCGAUACAUGCUUGCUGACUGUUAGAAGAGCCUUUGGUGGGUCUGGGACAUACUGUAUGAACCUCACUCUGGGUGAUAAUACAAGCCUGGCCCUCACGAGCACCCUCGUUUCUGUCCCUACAAGAGACCCAGCUUCCCCUUCAAGAAUGGCAAAUGGUGCCAUGAUCUCCGUUGGCUGCUUAGCCAUAUUUGUCACUGUGAUCACCCUUUUGGUAUACAAAAAACACAAGGAAUACAAACUGAUAGAAAACAGUACUGGGAUCGUGGUCAAAGGCAAAGGCCUGAAUGUCUUCCUCAACCAUGCAAAGGCCAUGUUCUUCCCUGGGAACCAAGAAAAAGAUCCAUUGCUCAAGCACCAACCAGCAACUGUUUAAAUCUUCAGCUUUAUUUCUGACCAGCAGCUCAGUCUUCAGGGCCAGUUAUGUGAGCUGUGCCAGAGUUGAUGACUAUUAACUUCUAUUCCUAAAGAUUCUUGUUAAAAUAUACAUGGUGGCUUAGGGCGGUCCAAAGCGUUUUUUGUUUUUUGGGUUUUUGUGUGUGUUUUGUUUUUUUUUUUUUGUUUUUUGUUUUUUAGGCUAAAUGACAUCUUAGAGAAGUAGAGAGGAAUUAUAUUGUGUGCAGCCCCAGCCAUGUUAUAGAACUGAUAAAACCAGUUAGCAGUGCUUUCUUUCAUUAGGAUUUAUGUUUCACUUAUAAUGUCUUAGGUGAUCAGUGGGAUAGACACACUAUGUCCAAACAGUAGGGGGAGAAGGUACUAUUCAUUAGAGUCUGGCCUCGGUUCGCUGGAAGGAGAGGCCGGUCGCUUUGCAGCUAUCCAUGUUCCGAGCUAACUGAAUGUUACUUCAGUGAACACGCAUGAGCUCCCAGCAACACAGUAACAGGCCAAACAUUAGUGUGUUGCGCAUGCUUCUUACAUUAGUAUAUAUAUAUAUAUAUACUAAUCUGAUACAUGGGUGUGAAUAUUUUCAUGACAACCUGCCAUGCCCAGCUGUAUAAAGGAAUGCUACUCAUUCAUUUAUUGCGUGGACCUUUAUUGAGUACUUUCUGUGUAUCAGGCCUGCUGUUAGGUACAUGGCCCUGUACUCCAAGUGUGGACAGUCUAGUGUAUAUAUCUCAAUUUCUGUACACUCGAGUGCACGUAUUUGAAAUUAUAUAUUAUGAUUUUCCAAAGAAGGAGGCCCCUGCUUUUCCUACUGGUUUCUCUAUUUAAGUGAUACAGGGACUUGAUCAGUAAGGGUUUUACCUCCGUUUGUAAUUAAAACUCUCUACCAGAUGUCAGACAGGACAUGCUUUUUUUCUCCUUCCUGAAAAAUAAAGUGUGAAAAGAGAUAA